CUUUCUUGCUCAUCCCCACUCUAACGACACUACCUCCCGUUAUGUUCUCGAGAGUCGCUCAUCAGACAGCGAGGCGCUCAAUGCAGCGAUCCUUUGGACAGCCUCUUGCAGCUGAAAACUCCAAGCAAAUCGCCCUUGUUUCAGCUGGAAUCGUUGGAGCAGCUGGUUUUGGUUACAUGCUCACCAACAACACCUUGUCCGCCAACAUGGCUGACGAAGGUUUGCACCCUCCUUCUCACCCCUGGUACCAUAAGGACCCUCUCCACACCUUUGACCACGCUGCUAUUCGUCGUGGUUAUCAAGUGUACAGAGAAGUCUGCUCUGCAUGCCAUUCCCUUGAUCGUAUUGCAUGGAGAAACUUGAUCGACGUUUCCCAUAGCGAAGACGAAGUCAAGGCUUUGGCUGAAGAAGUUGAGUAUGAGGAUGGUCCCGAUGACGAAGGUGAAAUGUUCCAACGACCAGGAAAGCCUUCUGAUUACAUGCCCAAGCCCUAUCCUAAUGAAGAAGCUGCUCGUGCUGGUAAUGCUGGUGCUCUUCCUCCGGAUCUUUCACUCAUCGUUAAGGCUCGCCACGGUGGUGCUGAUUAUGUCUUCGCCCUCUUGACUGGUUAUGUUGAUGCCCCUGCCGGUGUUGAAGUUCGCGAAGGUCUUAACUACAACCCUUACUUCCCCGGUGGUGCUAUUGCUAUGGCUCGUGUUUUGUUCGACGGAUUGGUUGAAUACGAAGAUGGUACUCCCGCCACUACUUCCCAGAUGGCUAGAGAUGUUACCACUUUCCUUGCAUGGGCUGCCGAACCUGAGCAUGACGACCGUAAGAAGAUGGGUAUGAAGGCUACCAUCAUUUUGAGUACCUUGACUCUUCUUACUGUCUACAUUAAGCGUUUCAAGUGGGCUCCUCUCAAGACUCGCAAAAUUGUCUACAACCCUCCCAAGUAAAAAUGCCCAAUGAAAAAAAAACCGAAAUCAAUCAAAAGAUCAUAGAAGGAUAACAUAAAAGAUGAAAAAAAAAAGAUCAAACAUUAGUACAUCAAUUUGCCAUUGUCCUCGUGUAGAUUUUAAUUGUUUUUUUUUUAGCUCUUUCUACUUUUUUAUUAUUGUGCAGUGCUAUCACUGCCCUUUGCCGUUUGUUGUUUACACAAAUUGGCUGUAGAAAACUCUCAAUGUCAACUUGCUUUUUUUUUUUUUUAACCAACAGCAUAAAUUAGAAAAAUUAGGGUAUGGUCA